CCCGCUUACAACGCACUAUAAUCAUCCUUUCUAUUCUUUUCUCCAUUUCUUUAUAUACAUUUCCGUGGAAUAAAUACAAUAGCGUGUUUUCCGGAAUUUUAAAGACUAAAAAACUCCCGGCUUGUUAUCCACAUUAUUAAAUCUUUCGAAAGCGCGAGGAUUGAGAGACGCUUGCGCGUCGUUUCCUCCUCUAUCGAAAACAGGAGAUCACCGACACCAAGCCAAUCAGAAACAUCGAUGUAAACAGAAAGUAGAGUUUUAAAUAGAGUUCGUAACUUGCGAGAUAUUCACGAUUAAGAAAUACUAUCUUAUUCUUUUCUUCAUUUCUCUCUCUCUCUCUCUCUCUCUCUCUCUCUCUCUCUCUCUCUCUCUCUCCGUCUAUCUUUUUCUUUCGUCAAGUCUCUUUCCAACUUUUUUCCUCCCACUUCCAAUCUCCUGUUUCUCUAUCCAUCUCUAUUGCUCUUAGUUCCAUGACGAAAGAACGUUCGAGAUAAUCUGAGCGAGCGUUUCUUCGAGGGGAAAGUCUUUGAUAUACCAGUUUUCUAUUGUCGCUCGACAGAGUAUUCCGUGUGGUCUCGACGUUUUCGAUAAUACAGACAAUAUUAUUGUUGCUGCUUCCGUGACUGAUCGGUACAAUAUUCGAAUUCAAUAUUUCAAACUUUGGUAACGCAAUUGGUUACCGUGAAGGGAAGUGAAGUGAAAUACAGGAUACUUUAUCGGUGUUAACGAAGAGACUGGAAAAACUUAAAGGCUGAACGGAGGCAAAGGCAGGAGUUGGAACAGAAGGUUUUAGGAUGCUCGACUUCGAACAACAGGCGAAUCAGGCACAGGCCCUGGCUUCUCUCGACGAGGACUGGCACCUGCUCGAGGCUGCUUUCCGGACCGGCCUCUCGACUUUCUUGUUCCUUUUACUGGCCGCACGAACGUCUGGCAUCGCGUUCACGGGUUUCAUUGUGAUUUCUUAAUACCCACCGAGGAAAAGUAACGGCGCAGACGUGAAUUUCGUGUUACAUCGACAAAUAUACCAGACGCUAAAAUGAGAUUGGAAGAAGAUCUUGUGAUUCGUAGGAGCAGACCAACGAUGAUUUCCGCGAAAUACCGUGCGAGAGAAGAACGCCGUCGUCUGUUAAAGAUUUCAGCCGGCAAGUUGAGGAGAAUCGAAGACCCGGAGGCCAGCCUAUGCAGAUCGGUUCUUAUAAAUAAUGCUGUCAGGCGACUGCAACGUGAGAACCGAGACGAAAAGACAAGAAAUUACGGACUUCCGGUUGUCACAUAUCUAAAUGACUCCACCAAAGAGAAUAAUGUUUCUAGCAAUCUUAUCGUCGGAAUAACGGACGACGAAACGUCUUCAAGAAAAAGAUUAAGCGAUGAUACGAGGAAUGAUGGAAUCAGUCCUAAACGUCAAAGGCACGACGAUCUCGAUCUACAGGACGACGUAUUUAGCGACUUCUAUAUUCUGCCUCCCACUCCUCGAUUACUCUCUCACAUUGACGAGAUUCAGGAGCCUGAAUCCCCCCAUCACCAUCACUUGGUGUAUCCUGAGGAUCGUUUAGGCUCCGUGGACGUCCGAUCAGCAACGACGAUUAUUAGCACCAGCACCGCGAACACAACCACAAACAGUAACAGCACAAGCACGUCCACGAACAAUUGUUGUAACUCCAUCAUGUUUUCUACCGAGUUAGAUGGCGCCACCAGUCAGUUAACCAGCGUUAUUAGAUCCAGUGACGUAGGCAUGAUGGAGGCCUCGGACGUAGUCGAUCCCGACAGAAUCUGCGAUUUUGCGAGAUUCGCGGACUCCACAAAGACAUUGGAGGAACGUUUAGUGGAAUUACAAUCGUUGGACGAACAUUUUGAUCUGGCAAAAUUUGAAAGGAAUAACAAUCAGAGUUGCGGCAGGGCAUUCCACGAUAUUCAAACUUUUCACAGUCUAGUACCUGGAUUGGAAACCUAGAAGGGAGCCUUGUGCCUGGAGCACCCUCCUCUCGUCACGUCUGGUUCGAUGAAGAAACAAAACCAUGACCACAACGACAACGACGAUGCGGAUAAACGGCUUCGCGGCACACACGAGGAACCACGGCAAGGAUGAACCUGGACUUGGAAGAUGGACACUUUGUCUGGAAUACAGCGCGUCCUAUGUCACUUUGGCUUGAUGGAAUAUAAGCAUCGUCGACUCGAUUGGACGACUUGUUCAGAUGGAUCUAUUUAAUAUAUAUAUAAAUAUAUAUAUAUAUAUAUAGAAGAGAUAAAAAGAACUUUCAACGCAUGAUCCAUUAACUUUUUAUCAUUUAUUUUCGUGAUUGAAUAUUUUUGGUCGUUCAACCGUUUCAACGAAUUCUUGAUUCAGAACAGAAUGAAGGGAGGAGGACGAGGAUAAAUAAGAGUUUUUUGAAAUUAUAUAUGAUGCGUUUUCAUCAACGAUGCAGAAAUCGAUGAAUGGUUAUUUGACUAGAUUUACAGAGUAUUUUCCAUGUGUACGUAACUAAUAGAUUGGUAUCACAAAACCGUGUUCAUAUGAAUAUCGAUACCAAAAUGUUCUGAUACGCAUUAUACAUAUACAUAUAUAUAUAUAUAUAUAAUUUGUAUAUACUCGAAUAUGUUUUUAAAAGCACAUUAAGGAUUAUAAUAUAAGAGAAUUUGUAGUAAACGUUUUUGGGGAAAAACAAAAAAAAAAAAACAUUGCCAAACAAUGAAAAGAUGCUAAAAAAUGAGACGCGUAUGUCUUUUGUAUAUAUAAAGAAAAAAAAAAUGCCUUUAGAAUAGUUGUAAAUUGAAAUCGAAUGAAUUUCACUUCAUCGCACGAUUUUUGCUACGAUGGGCCUUCGAUUUUUAUUAGCAAUAUUAUUUUUUUUUUUUUUGUAAAUCUUUUUCGUGGUUUCCCUCGAUAAUUCCAGAGAAACAAGGGAAAAAACAGAUUUUGGAAUUUCGAAAAUUGUGAUUUUUUUUUUUUUUUUUUAUAAAUCACAAACAAAUCACUGAAUGUAAUAUGGUGGAAAAUUGCAAAACGAUUGAUUAUAAAAAAAAAAAUGUAUGUAUCUAUUUAAACUAUUUCUUUCAUCCAUUUUGUGAUCUUCUGUUCCGUGUGGUAAAAUUAAUUGUAAGUUUGUACGUUUGGCAUCUUUUUAUUAUAAUUUUUUUUUUUUAAAUUAACAUUUUUUUUUAUUACUAAUGAAAAAAAAAUUCAUUAGUUUACGUUGAUUUGUAAAGAUUCUAAUUUUAUUAUGUUGAACACACGCGAGUGUACGAUUUUUACAUGUACAUGAUGCUCCUUUAUGUAUAUAAAUUUUAUUUGACUUUUUUGUUUUCUUGGUAGGAAAAUAUUAAAAAAAAAAAAAAAAAAAAAAAAAAAAAAAAGAAAUCGCAAAUCAAUCUCGAAUAUUAAACGUAUUAAUAUUGUAGAUAAUGAAAUUUAUAACGGAUGUUAUAAGAUACGUGAAUGCUCUUGAGAUUAAUUUGCUGAAUUUACCCAUUUUUUUUUUUUUUUCGUUAAUUAUUUAAGGAAUAAUGCAGCUAUUUUUUUUUUUUAUAUAUAUAUAUAUAUACAUAAAUCAAUACAGUCCAUGAUAUUUAAAUUUUUUUGAAUAAAAGUACUAUAUUUGUAAGUUGUUGAUUUAAAAAAUGAAUAGCGUUAACUGUAUCACAAAAGUGCUAAAAAAAAAAAAGAAAUUGGACGAUUAAUAUCACGCGCGUAAUCAUUUUUCUAAGUUUUUUAUUUAAAUCGACCACUUUUAUACUUGUAUACUUGGAUAUAAAUUUAACGAAUCAUUCAUAGAAUCAUCCAUGUGGUUUUUUGUACGCAACAGACACAUUUCGAUCUCCUUUUAGAACGCUGCAUAACGAUUGGCGUUGUAAUCUGGAGGGUGACCGCGAAAUUACCUACUGUGUAUAUUACGUAAUCAAUGAUCGAAGCAUUGUAAAUUUGUACCGAUUUAUAAACGCAAGCAAAAGAAAGGAAAAAAAAAAUAGGACAAACGUGGAAAUGGAUACACAAAGAGAAAUUAAAUUGUACGUCUAAACGUCCGAGGAUAACCUCUAGACGUAUCGUAAUUAUCAAAACAAAGUUGAACUUGUUGAUUCGUCGGUCAGCGCAUCCAUACAUACACUGUAUAUAGCCACAUAUUAGUAUCCUUAAAUAAAAGCUAUGUAUAAAAUUUCAUACGUUGUUUAGGUUUUUAGUAAUAGUUAUUCAAAAAUCAGUUACAUUAAUUAUAUAAAUAAAUUGCAAA